GACACCUGGGCCCAAACUGACGGAGCAAGCUGAGGGUGGGGCUUGAAGAUUACUCUCCUCCUUCCUCGAACCAUGUGCACUUCAAUCCUUACUUUUAAAGCAGAGAUUCCCAGCCUGGGGUCUGCCAGAGGGUAGAAAGCAACAAGGGAAUUGAGGGAAUAUUUCAUAAAUACCUAUGUUACUUCACUGAAAUAUUCCAAAACUUGUUAGUGGAAAAAUGUUAUUUACUGAAUAAUGCUUUCUUUAUGAAAAAUUCAUCCCUUUAUUUUUCAUAAGCAUAUUCAUGGUAAACUAGAACUUCUAUUAAUACUGAACACAAGUUAAGCCAAGGGGUAUAAGAACACCAAAACACCUCAACUUCCUAGUUCUUCCAGUAAAUUCAUCAUCAGUUAGUCACUAAACAUUUAUUAAGCACCUACUAUGUGCCAAACACUUUGAUAGGUACUGGGGAUACAAAAAGAGGCAAAAGACAGUCUGCCCUCAAGAAGCUCCCAACCUAAUGGACAGACAAGUAAAAAAUAUGUACAAAUUAGCUACAUACAGGAUAAACAGGAAAUAAUUAAAAGAGAAGACACUAGGAUUAAGAAAGGUUGGGAAAAGCUUUCUGUAGAAUAUUGUAUUUUAGUUGGGACUUGAAGGAAGUUAGGGAAACCAGGAGGCAAAAAUGAGAAGGGGGAGCAUUCUAAACAUGAGGAACUGCCAGAGAAGAUACCUGGAGGUGAGAUUGAGUGUCUUGGAGUGGAACAGCCAGGAGACCAUUGUCACCAGAUGGAAUAGCACCUAACAGGGAGAAAGGUGUAAGAAGACCGGAAAGAAAAACACGCUUCUGAGAAGAGGCCCCUAGGCCUCAUCAGACCAACUGCCAAACAGCUGUCAGAGUAUCAUGCAUUUGUAAACUGCUUUCAUGGGAUUCUCCUCUAGUUCUUGCUGGGCUUGUCACUGAUAUCUCUUGGCCUCAGCUGGCAGGUUGGGUAAAGCCAGGCCCAAGCCAAUGAUGAGCAGCCGAGCCACCCGACCCCGAAGCCGGAGGGGGAGGGCGCCACCCCCAGGGGAGCUGGACCCUGUGGUGGAGAGCACUGAAGAGGCUGAGGCAGUGGGAAGCAGUGUUGAGUCAGAGCAGGCACCCAGGCUGCCUCUGAAAGAAUCACCAGCAGAGCCUCUGGCCACCAGUGCUGAACGGAACCAUCAAGGCCACUGCCAACAGCUGGAUAGAGACAGGGAUGCACAGACAGAAGCCUCAGAGCCCAGCAGUAGUCUGACUCCUGGAAAGCUGCCCAUGAUGCCUGCCUCAUCCCCUUCUCAGCACCACCAGCCCUCGGGGGAAGAUGCCCCAGAAGGUAAUGGCCCCAACCUGUACCUGGCCUUGCAGCAAGCAGUUGAGUCCUUAGAGAAGGUGGCAGCUUCCUGUCGCCAACAGGCCUCCAGCCUCCCAGCCUCGACUACACUAGUCCCAGAGGAGCAGGGCAAGGCUGAGGAGGAUAGCCUCCGUCCUCUGCAAAGACUGGAGGAGUUGGUCAGGAGCUGGAGCCCUGUUGGCCAAGAGGAAGGGAUGGCCGAGCAGGAGAGGAUCCACUACAAACGGGAGGCCCUGAGUCUGACUGAGCAGAAUGCCAGCCUUCGGAGUUCUCUGAAAAGCAAGGAAGAGGAGCUAGCCCAGGAUCAGGCCUCCCUACAGGCCUUUCAAGAUGAAAAGGAGAUGCUACAGAGACAGGUUUGGGAGUUGCAUGAGUCUCUGCUGAGACUGGAUUUGCCUCCAGCACUCCCCCUUAGCCAGGAUAGCUCCAUGAGCAGAUCCAGCAGCCCAGGAGCAGAGGAAGAGCUCUGGGGAACCCAGCAACUACAAAGUAUUUCCAGUCCAGUAAUCUCUGCACCCCUCUCGCCAGAGCUACAGGACCUGGAGGCCCAAAUGGAACAACACCGGAGGACUAUCCAGAGGCUAAAAUGCUUCAACCAGAUGCUGCUGGGAACCCUGCAAGCCUACAAGGGCCACUCAGAGGGGCUGAGCAUGCGGCUGGGACAGAGGGAAGCUGAGACUACUGCCCUGCACCUCGCUCUACAAUACAGUGAGCAGUGUGUGGAGGCCUAUGGGGUGCUGUUGGCUUUACGGACAGUCGACACCAGGACCGUCCCAGGCCUGCAGGCCAGAGAAGGCAAAGCAGAGUCCGCCAUGGCAGAGGCACAGAGACUUUUGUCAGAGGAAGAUCCUGCAGAGGCUGGCAUCUUGGCUUGUGUCUAUGCAAGCCCCGAGGGCAGCAGUGUAGAUGCACCCACAGAGCUGGAGGUGGCAGCACUCCUACAGAGUUACAUUGGGAGGCUCCGGGCUCACCAAGCCCUGGUGAAGGUGUCCCCUGAGCCAGACUCCAGACCAGGCCUUGGGUCUAAUGUGCCUCGGGAAGAAGCCAUCUUCCAGGCAGUGCUGGGGGCUCAGCCCAACCUGGAGCUGCCAAGGCUGGAAAAGACCCAGAUUCAGCAAGAGUUGGCCACUAUGAGGGAAGCCCUGGUGGACUUGACACUGAAGCUGCAGCUGGUGAAGAAGGAGAAGCGGGCACUGGAGCUAAGAGAUGCAGCCCACCGGGCACAGGGAACUCUCUACCUUCUGCUCCUAGAGCAGCUGCAGUGGCAGCUGGGCCAGGGCAGGCCCCAAGAUCCCCUCAGCUCAGGGGAAAGUGACAGUGACAGUGAUAGCAGCUGUGGAGCAUGGAUUCCUGGAGAUGGGGACCAGCCAGCCUGGCCGGGGGGACCCCGAGACUCAGAGGAUAUGCUGCAAGAACUCACUAAUUCCUUGACUCGGAUCCAGGAGCUGCAAGGACAGCUAAUGGAGCUACAGUCUUCACUGGAACAGAUGGCCCAGGAUGAGCGACUCCAGCGAACCCAGUGCUUGGAACUUACUAAUGAUUUCUGCAAGGCCCACAGUGCCCUGGUGCUGGCCUUCAGGGGGGCCCAGCGGAAGCAGGAGCAGCAUCAGCAGACCCUGGACCAGCAGAUAGCACUGAUGGCAGCCCGUCAGGAGGAGGAGCUAGAGUCCCUGGCCCAAGCUGCCCAAGUUCUGGAGGACUCUGGAGUCCUCAUGCCCUGGGGAGAAACUUCUCUCUAGAAAUGCCAGCCUCUUUCUCUCUAUCCCAUCCGCAUUCAUCACCCCAUGUCUGGUUCCCAGCAUACCCGUUUGUGCCCACCCUACUCAUUCUGUACCAAAAAUGUCAUUCUAGUCAGGGCUGUCUCAACCAAAUCCUGGUGCCCCUGAGAGGAGGAGAGAUUGGGGGGGGGGGCAUAGAUGGAACUGCUUCCCUUCUGAUAAGGUCAUAUGAUUGGGAGCUAGAAGAGUCCAUGGAGCUUUUUUCUUACAGAUGUCUUUUUUGAACUCAGGGUCAUUUAGAGGUGGCACCAUCCCUGUGUCUGCUCUCACUCCUGGCAGGUCUAUGGAUCAUCUAUGGAGCUGCAGGGUGGCAAAGCCAAGCAUGACCUGUCCUAUCCAGCCCUCUUUCAUGUCUGUGCUUGCCCACCUGGCCUCCAUCCUGACUUCUUCCUUCUUCCUGGACUCUGGCCUAGGCCCUCUCUUGAUUUGAGCCUAGAUGCUCUCUGUCAGCCUGGUACUGGGCUGGCAUACACCAAUGUCCACCUAGAGAGGAGUUGGCCUCCACUCCCUGGUCACCUGGUACGAUCCCUGUUUUGGAGUUGGGUUUGCUCAGACUCAGUUCUGCCCCCUCCCAGCCUACCAGCUGCUGCUUCAACAAAUGAGGACACUGCUCAGGCCUAGGAACAGAUGGGAGAGGAGGAGGACCCAGGUCUCACUGACCAGACCCACAGAAGAGAGAGCAUCUUAAAGGGCCCAGGAAACUAAAAAAAGAGAAGAAGCUCUGUUCGAUCCCUUUGCCAGGCUUCGCAGUACCCACUGUCCUUUGGAACAGGGAAAAGUAUGGGGUCUCUCCACCCCCUUCUCCCAACCAAAAAAAAAGCAUCAAACCCAGCUCUCCCUAGGAACUUUCUCUACAAAAUAUUGGAUCCUGUUUCCUCAAUUGUUUUACUACCCGAUUUGCCUCCUUUCCCAGUAUUCCCCUUUCAUUCCUUAGCUCUUCUUUAGAGAUAUUGGUUCUGUUUUUUCCUCAAGGUCACCCCAGACUUGCCCCCUCUCCAAUCCUAAACUGACAGGCUGUCUGGAUAAAGCAAUGGAGCUCCUCCCCAGAGUCAACUGUAUCAGAGUCCCUGAUGGGUAGGGCAGCUCCGAUGACCCUUUGUUAUCUGGUUUCUCUGAAUAAAUCAUCUCUCGAUAAUCACAGUCUCAGUCUAGGGAAGAAGAAACCACGGAGCUUCAAAGCAAGAGGCUGUACUGGAGCUUGAGGUCAUUUCAGGCAGGCAUUAGGCUUCUGCAGGAUUCCUGUCAUCUUUCUCUACAAAAAUUAAAUGCCUAAAGUGGGCAGAAUAUUGUGCUAAACACAGAGGUUGAGGCCAGAUGUAGAUGAGGACAUUUCUGUCAUAGAGGGAAAAGAACACAGAGAUAUAUUUUAUACAUUAAAUAAGAAUAUUAGGAUGACAUCCAAAGGAGAUAUCCCUAUAGAUUAGGAGAUCGGAGAAGGCUUCUUAAUGGAGAUUUGACAGCAUUUGAAUUGGAUGGAAUAGUUAGAAACUCAAAAGGUAAGAAGGGAGAGUAAAGACAUUCCAAGGACAAGGAAUAGAGAUAUGGAGGUAGAAAACCACAAAGGGUAGGUUAGGGAGAGGGAAAUGAAGUGAGGGAAAUUGAGAGUAGAGAAGACAAUAAUAUAAGAUAAGCCUGUAAUGGCAUUUACAUUUGACUAACUGGCCUUUACAGCUUGGUGGAUGCUCAAGUUAAAUUUAGGAGAUAAAAUUUAAUUCUGGAGUAGUAGGGAACCACAGAAGAUUUCUGAGCAGAGGAGCUUCAUGACUGGAAGUAGACAUGCAAAAAGGAAGAUUAUUCUAUAAAUAAUAAGAAAGGUGGAUGGCUAGAAGUGGGGAGACUAGGGUUGGGAAGACCUGUAAAGAUAUUGCAGUAGUGGGGGCAGCUAGGUGGCUCAAUGGAUUGAGAGCCAGGCCUUGAGAUGAGAAGCCAUGGGUUCAAAUAUGACCUUGGAUACUUCCUGGCUAUGUGACCCUGGGCAAGUCCCUUAACCCCAUUGCCUAGCCCUUACACUCUUCUGCCUUGUACCAAAACACUGUAUUCCUCUAAGAUAAAGGGUAAAGUUGUUUGUUUGUUUGUUUUUUAAGAUAUUAGGGGCAGCUAGGUGGCUUAGUGGAUUGAGAGCCAGGCAUAGAAAUGGGAGGUUGUGAGUUCAAAUGUAGCUUCAGAUACUUCCUAGUAGUGUGACCCUGGGCAGGUCACAACCCCCAAUACCUAUCCCUUACUGCUCUUUGGCCUUGGAACCAAUACACGGUAUUGAUUCUAAGACAGAAGAUAAGGGUUUAAAAAAAAAAAAGAUAUUGCGGUAGUCCAGGCAGGAGGUAAUAAAGGUGGUGGCAGUGAGGAUAAAAGAGGAGACAGAUCCAAGAGAUGAGGAGGAGGAAAACACCAUACUCAAGCAAUUAAUCAGAUAUAAGAGCUUAGGAAGAGUCAAAGAAAAGUUAUCAACAUGGAAGAAUAGGUCAGUGGUGAUGCCACAAACAGAAAGGAGGAAAUUGGGAAGAAGAGCAGACUUAGGAAGCAUGGCAGAAGCUAUGGUUGCAUUAGCCAUGCUCCAUCCUGAAACAGAAUUAGGUUGAAUAUAGGAAGCUUGCCAGUAAUUCUCUGUACCAAGAUUUCCCCGGAAACAUCAAUAUUUUGUGCAUUUUGUUAGAAGGGCCCUUUGCUCUCAUCUAUACUAAUGAAAUGUUGAUUAUAGAUUAGGUUUUAUAUAAACAGACUGGCAUGUGAAACACAUAAAUGGUCAAAUAAGUCCCCCUUCUUUCUUUCAAUUGGCUUAGACUUCACCAAAGUCCUAAUCAAUCCUCCAGAUUAAUACUACUAUGCUGUCUCAUUCCCUCUUCAAGUGGAAAUAGAUCAAGGUUGCUAGAGAGUUGAGCAAUCCUACAGUCCAGAUGACUCACAUUACCAGCCAAGAUUCAGAUCUAAGUUUCUAUGCAAAGACAUGGGAGUAGGAGAUGAAAUGUUCAGGAAACAAAAAGUAAGUUAGUCUGGCUGCAGGGUAGAGUUUAUGAACAGUCACAACAUGUAAUCAUCCUGGAGAGGCUGGUUGGAACCAGACUGUGAAGAGCUUUAAAUGACAAACAGAGAAGUUCACAUUUUAUCCUAAAGGCAAUAGGGAACCAUGGAAGUGUCUUGAGCAGAGGAGUGACAUGAUCAGACUGGCAUUUCAAGACUAUCAGUUUGUUUAAAGGAUAGACUGGGGAGAGGGAAGAGACUGACUACAAGAGACCCAAUGGCAGGCUAUUAUAAUUGUCUGGGUGAGAGAUAAUGAAGGCCUAAACUAGGUUGUACAAUAAAUAGAAAGAAGGGAACAGAUUCAAGAAAUGUCAAGGAAUCAAUCAGUCAACGAGAGUCAUCUAUCACUUACUGUGUUCUAGGCACUCUGCUAGUGAUGUGAAGAAAGAUAAAAACAUAGUGUCUGCCCUCAAAAAGCUACAUUCUAAAACAACUAUGUACAUAGAAGUGGAAGGUCAUCUCAGAGCAGUGGGAGGUAGGGGGUAAGGGGAGACACUAAAAGGUCUUCUUCAAAAGGUGGGGAUUUGAAUUGUCUUGAGGGAAGGAAGGGAAACCAAUUAGCAGAAAGGAGAAGGGAGACUCUGUUAGGUAUGGGGAACAGCCCCUGAAAAGGCACAGGGAGGAAGCAGUUAGUUAGCUAGGUGGAUUGAGAGCCAGGUCUGGAGACAGGAGGUCCUAUGGGACCUCAGACACUUCCUAGCUUCAUGACCCUGGGCAAAUCACUUAAUCUCAAUUGCCUAGUCCUUACCUUUCUUCUACCUUGGAACUUAGUAUUGAUUCUAAAAAAGUAAAGGUUUAAAAAGAAAAAAAGGCACAGGAAGGAAUCAUGCCAGGAACACAAGAGGACCAGUGUUGCUAGAGCAUAGAGUACAUAAAAA